CCUAAAUCCGCUAAUAUGCAUAAUAACUACACAUAAUAGGAAUUAUGCAUAAAUACUAAAACCGACGGUUAGUAUGCAAAAUAACGGCGCGUAUCAGGAUAUCAUGAAUUAUCGAUAACUACUAAAAUCGUCAGUAAUUAUGCAAAGUAUCGCCAUAUUUUUAGUAAAUAUUGAUAAUAACUGACACAGCAAUAGGAAUUAUGCAUAAUAUCUGCUGUGUAUAUUAGUGAUUAUACAUGUAACCUCACAAAAUACGACUGGUCGUACGUUGAAGUGUGCGUUGAAGUUUAAGGUUACCUAGGUUUUGAUUGUUUUAUUGUUGGAGUUUCUCAUCGCAAUGACUGCACUACCUGUUGAUAACAUUAAAUUUAAAUUUUUCGGUAAAGUUAAAAAGUUGAAGGGAAGAACAAACUCACGAUUAAACAUUUUAUUCAAGGAUGAAUAUGACGUGCUUUUAUCCGAGGUUAGGGAUGCUUCUUCAAAUAAUGGUCCCAAAACUGCAUUACAGUAUCGUAGACUUAAAAGAUUUGGAAUUGUUGAAGUCGGAAAUAUUGAAAAGCUUGUAACGCGAAAUAAAGAACAAACGAGAAAGGAAAAUAAUGAAGAUUCUAAUAAUAUAGUGAUUGACAUACGAGAUGUUCGCUAUGUUGAUCCCGUUGAAGAAAUGUUUGAUAUUUUAACCGUUUGUCACAGAAGUAUAGGUCACGGAGGAAGAGAUCGAAUGAAGACUGAAAUGUCCAAACAGUAUUCGAAUAUUACACAAGAAAUUAUUUCAAUAUACUUUUCACUUUGCGAAGUUUGUCAUUUAAAGCGAUCCAAAAAGCGAAUAGGUAUCACUGUAAAACCAAUAAUUCACAAAGAAUUUAAUAGCCGUGCUCAAGUCGACUUGAUAGAUAUGCAGUCUGAAGCUGAUGGUGAAUUUAAGUUUAUACUUGUAUACCAAGAUCAUCUGACUAAAUUUCUUAUGUUACAUGGAUUAAAAUCAAAGAAGUAUAAAUAUUUUUUGUAUUUUUGGAGCUCCAUCGAUAUUACACAGGUACCUACUACCUAA